UCUCCCGAUCACUCUCUACACCCACCAUAUAUUCACACGUGUACACACACAUAAAUAUCUCAUUUUUCUUGAACUCGUUGGCUAUAUAUGGCUUGUUUUCAUCCUAGUCACUUAAAAAUAUUUACUGGGUUUCAGUGCUACAGUUAAUUAAUAAAUAUUUUAUGAUAAGUAUCCAGCAGCCUCAAUUUUCAACGGUGUUAAUUUUGGGUGAAUAUAGAUGGAGAAUUUAGUGUUGUUUUGUUCUUGAACUUCAAAAAAAUCGAUCUAUUUUUCCCCCAUUUACCUUCAGAAAGAAUAACAGUUAUAUUCUGUUUUUAAUUAGAAUUUUCUAGCUUUUCUUGAUUUUGUUGCUAUUUUUGAGGGGAGAUAUGAAGUCUUUUGUGUUAUUCAAGGUUUUAGAAUUGGCCCUUUUGUUGUUUUUGCUGUUUAUGUGUGUUUUGAGUAGUAAGGUAUGUACUAAUGGUGGUGUUUCAAUUUCAUCACACACGUUUCGAUAUGAAAUGUUAUACUCAAAGAAUGAAUCUUGGAAAGAAGAAAAUCUUGCCCAUUUUCAUUUGAUUCCUAGUGAUGAUUAUGCCUGGUCCAAAUUGAUUCCUAGGAAGGUGUUGAGAGAGGAGGAUGAGUUUAGUUGGAAUAUGAUGUACAGAAAAAUGAAGAUAUCUGAUGGGACUAGAGGGAUUGGUGGUAGUUUUCUCAAGGAAGUGUCAUUGAAUGAUGUGAGAUUGGACCUUGAUUCGGUGUAUGGUCAGGCACAGCAGACUAAUCUGAAGUAUCUUUUGAUGUUGGACGUUGAUAGAUUGGUAUGGAAUUUUAGGAAAACCUCUGGUUUGGAUACUCUCGGUGAGCCAUAUGGGGGUUGGGAGGCUCCAGAUGUUGAGCUUCGGGGUCAUUUUGUGGGGCAUUACAUGAGUGCAUCUGCCAAAAUGUGGGCUAGCACACAUAAUGAUAAUCUCAGAGAAAAAAUGUCUUCGGUGGUUUCUAUUCUAUCCGACUGCCAGAGGAAGAUAGGAACAGGGUAUCUUUCGGCAUUUCCAUCAGAACAGUUUGACCGUUUUGAGACUCUACAAAAAGUCUGGGCACCAUAUUAUACAAUUCACAAGAUAUUGGCAGGUCUUUUGGAUCAGUAUAUGUUUGCUGGUAAUGUUCAAGCUUUGAAUAUGGCGACAUGGAUGGCCAGUUACUUCUACAACCGCGUGCAAAGCGUAAUAUCAUGCUAUACCAUUGAAAGACAUUGGUUAUCACUCAAUGAAGAAACAGGUGGCAUGAAUGAUGUUCUGUAUCAGCUAUACAGCUUAACGGGAGAUCAAAAGCAUUUAUUGUUGGCUCACCUGUUUGACAAACCAUGCUUUCUGGGAUUGCUAGCACUGAAGGCGGAUGAUAUAUCUGGUUUCCAUUCCAACACACAUAUUCCUAUUGUUAUUGGAUCUCAAUUGCGGUAUGAAAUUACUGGUGACCCACUUUAUAAGGAAAUAGGAACAUUCUUCAUGGAUAUUGUCAAUUCAUCUCAUAGCUAUGCAACGGGAGGAACAUCAGUUGGCGAGUUCUGGUCAGAUCCAAAGCGAUUAGCAAGCACUCUAGAAACUGAAAAUGAAGAAUCUUGUACAACCUAUAACAUGCUGAAGGUUUCUCGUCACCUGUUUAGAUGGACCAAAGAAAUGGCAUACGCAGAUUAUUAUGAACGAGCCCUGACAAAUGGUGUUCUGGGUAUCCAAAGAGGAAACGAUCCCGGGGUGAUGAUCUACAUGCUUCCACUACACCCAGGUGGCUCCAAGGCUCGAAGCUACCAUGGAUGGGGAACAAAGUUUAAUUCUUUUUGGUGCUGUUACGGAACCGCAAUUGAAUCAUUCUCAAAAUUAGGAGAUUCAAUAUACUUUGAAGAAGAGGGAAAAGAUCCAGGGCUUUACAUCAUUCAGUAUAUCCCUAGCUCCUUUGAUUGGAAAUCUGGACAAAUUUUGUUGAUUCUAAGUGUUGAGCCUGUUGUUUCGUGGGAUCACCGCCUUCAAGUAACGUUGACAAUUUUCCCAAAGGAGCAAGAAGAAGGAGCACCAUCUACCCUAAAUUUGAGGAUACCUUCAUGGGCAUAUUCGACUGGUGCGAAGGCAUUUUUAAAUGAUCAGUACUUGUCCGUGCCAGAAGCAGGCAAUUUUCUGUCGGUUACUAAAAGUUGGAUCUCGGGGGACAAAAUCACUCUCAAGCUGCCUAUGAGUCUCAGAACUGAGGCCAUUAAAGAUGACCGUCCAGAAUAUUCUUCUCUUCAGGCGUUUCUGUACGGUCCUUACCUUCUUGCUGGACUAUCUACUGGUGACUGGGACAUUAAAACAGAGUCGCCUACUUUUUUGGAUUCUAUAAGUCCGGUACCCGCUGAUUACAGUUCUCAUUUGAUUACUCUUGCUCAAGAAUCGGGGUACACAACAUUUGUCCUUUCACAUGCUGAUCAACGAAUAAAAAUGGAGAAGUUUCCAGAAUCUGGAACUGAUUCUGCCGUUCGUGGUACAUUUAGAGUCAUCUUGAAGGAUACUGUAAAUGAAAAUCUUUAUGUAGCAAAAGAUGCUCUGGGAAAAUUAGUCAUGCUAGAACCGUUUGAUUUUCCAGGCAUGCUUAUGUUGCAUCGUGGGGAUGGUGAAGAUCUUGAAGUUUCAGAUAUCUCAUCAUAUGAUGGAAAACAAUCAUGCGGUUUCCAUUUGGUAGCUGGACUGGAUGGAAAAGAUGGAACAGUUUCCUUGCAGUCUGAAAAACAGCAGGGCUGUUAUAUUUAUAGUGGCGUGGAUUAUGGUUCUGGUGCAAGUGUCAAGCUUAACUGUAGUUCUGAUUUCUCGGAUGCUGGAUUUAAACAGGCUACGAGCUUUAUGCUGAAAGAUGGAAUAAGCAAAUAUCAUCCUAUUAGCUUUGUGGCAAAAGGGGCGAAAAGGAAUUUUCUUCUGGCUCCAUUACUAAGUUUGAGGGAUGAGUCGUACACUGUGUAUUUUAAUACUUAGUUAUGAAUUUGGAUAUAAAAAUUUGUAAAUUUCUAUUAAAUAAAUAAAGGAUGAAGAAUUUGUUCUGUUUC